UCAGUGGCGCCCAAGAAGAGCAGUCAUUGCGCUCGCCGUGGGCCCCGCGACGACGAGAAGAAGGCUAUACUAUAGAGGAGGACGAGCUCGGGCCCGUCAGUCGAGCCGGCGGCGUCAAGCCGCGAGAAACUACAGGCUUGCGUUAUAGUGAGCGCCAGGACCACGGCUUUUCGUAAUAGAGACAGAGAUAGAGAUUUCGUGCGGUUGCUAAACAUCGCUCUGUGCUGUGCCGUGCCGGGAAUGGCGAAUAUACAGUUUUCUCUUUGAUUAUUUUUGUGGAAUCAUAAUGGAGAGCAAGAUGUUGACGAAGAUGCUGCUGUUGACUUUGCUGGCUGCGAUACUCGCGGUCUCGGCGCACGGUCAGAACAGCGAUGAAAAAUCGGAGAAAGCGAACGAGUAUCGCUUGCCAAAAUCGGUAGUACCUCUCGCAUACGACCUCAGAUACUCGGAGCUCAACUUCACGAGCUUCACCUUCACAGGUACCGUCGAUAUCGAUGCUACUGUCGCGGAAGAAACCCGAGAAAUCGUGCUGAACGCAGGAAAUCUGGCGGUUCACUUUCCGACCGUGACGGACGAAAAAAACAAUAGCUUGGUUGUCGACAAAAUAGAUAUUAACAGGACAACCGAGAAAUACUGGAUUUUUAUGAAGGAAAGUUUGAAUCCGUCGCAGAAGAUCAAGAUCAGCUUAUCAUUCGACGGCGUAUUGCGGGACGACAUGAUAGGUUUUUACAGAAGUUCCUACUUCGAUGGAGAGAAGGAAAGGUGGCUAGCCUCAACGCAAUUUGAAAGCACUCACGCGAGGCACGCGUUCCCCUGCUUCGACGAGCCAGCUUUCAAAGCCAAGUUCAGCGUGAGAAUCUUCUUGCCGAGACGCUACGGCUGCCUGAUGAACAUGCCGACGAGAAUCGAGAAAAAGUGGUGCAUCGCCAAACAGACCGUCCCCAUGUCCACCUACCUAGUGGCUUUCGUAAUCUCGGACUUCAGCUCGAUACCCAGUGAGAACUCGGCCGUUACCAUCUGGUCGCGACCGGACGCCACUUCCCAGGCGGUGUACGGCCGGGAAAUCGGUAACAAAAUUCUCGAGUACUUCGGCAAACAGUUCAACGAGACGUACCACCUGCCCAAAAUGGACAUGGUCGCGGUGCCGGAUUUCUCGGCCGGAGCCAUGGAAAACUGGGGCCUGAUAACUUACCGCGAAACGGCUGUACUCUACGACGAGAAAGACUCGUCGGCUCCGGCCCAGCAACGAGUCGCAUCGGUCAUCGUGCACGAGUGCGCACACAUGUGGUUCGGCAACCUCGUCACGCCCGAGUGGUGGAGCUAUCUCUGGCUCAGCGAGGCCUUCGCCAGAUACUUCCAGUACAUAGCCACCGCCAAGAUCGAGCCCUCUUGGAAAAUGGACCAGCAGUUUGUGGUGGAACAACACCAAAUCGCCUUGGGCGUCGAUGGCUUGGAAAGUUCCGAAGCGAUGACGAGACCCGCGAUAACUCAAUCGGAAAUUGGAAGAAUGGGAGAUUCCAUCACUUACUCCAAGGGAGGAAGUAUCGUUAGGAUGAUGGAAAAGACCUUCGGACAUGAGCUCUUUUACACUUCUCUGCGCAAUUACCUCAAGAAGCAGGCAUGGGACAACGCCAAUCCCGGCCAUCUGUGGCAAGCGUUCCAAAACGAAGUGGACAAAUCUGGGGAUUCGAAAAUCAACGUAACGGUCUCGGCGGUCAUGAAAACUUGGACAGAACAGCCGGGUUUUCCCUACAUAUCGGUGACCAUCAAACCGGAUUAUAUCGAUCUCAGUCAGCAGAGGUUCCUCCUUCGAAACCCCAACACCAUACCCACAGACUCGUCCUGGUGGGUGCCGAUAACCUGGGCGUCUUCGAGCCAAGCCUCUGGCUCUACAAAACCAGUUUACUGGCUAGCCGACAGACAGUUAAGAGUAAAGAACGAUCAUAAGGACGACGACUGGCUCAUUCUCAAUGUCGAGUCUGCAGGGUUCUACCGCGUCAAUUACGAUAAGGACUCCUGGAACCGGAUCAUCAAGGUCUUGACGAGCGGUGACUUUGAAAAGAUUCACGAACUCAACAGGGCCGCUAUAGUCGACGACUUGCUGAAUCUCGCGAGAGCCGGCAUUCUGAAUUACGAUAUUGCUCUGCAGGGCAUUCAGUACCUCAAGAGAGAGAAGAAUUAUUUGCCAUUCAAAUCGGCAUUCACAGCGCUGGAUUAUCUGAUAAGACAAUUCAGUGGCAAUCAGGACGACGAUCUUUUCAAAGAACACGUUCUCUCGCUGAUCGAGAACGUUUACAAUGACUUGACGUACGACGACAAAGACUCCGACGACCAGUUGACGGUCCUCUUGCGUCAGGAAGUCAACGGCAAAGCGUGCAGUCUGGGCCACUCGACGUGCGUAAAGGAAUCCAAGAGCUACUUCGACAAUUGGCGAACGAAGAACCAAGCCAUACCGAAAAACCAGAGACCGGCAGCCUACUGUACUGCUCUCAAGCACGGAACCAAAGAGGACUGGGAGUUCCUAUGGACGCAGUAUGAAAAAACGAAUGCGGCAGCGGAGCAGGUGGUCAUUCUCGCUGCUCUCGGCUGUACCAAGGACACAACGGUCUUAGAGAAAUAUCUACUGAAAGCUCUGACGAGCUUCCAAGAGAGCAAAAUCCGCAAACAGGACAUAUCCAGCGUUUUCAGCGGAGUUUACUCGGCCAGUCCGGAGAACGCGGAAUACAUGCUGGACUUUGUCGAGAAGCACUACGAGGCCGUUUUUAAAUAUCACAACAGCUACAGCGAAAUCGCCAGCCUCAUAUCGGGCGCUCUGUCGAAAUACCCGUCCGAAAAGUUGGUCCAGAGACUCGAGAACAUCAUAAAGAGCAACGCGACUCACGUGAAAUCCAUCAUCCCGUCGCUGCAAAAGACCCUGAAGCUCGCGCAAUUCGAGACCAGCUGGCUCGCCAAGAACAGGCCCAUCAUCGUCGACUGGAUAAAGGCCCUCAAAGGCGACCAUCCAGCGAACGAAAACACGACGGCUUACCGGCUCCCCACCAACGUCAUCCCCAGCGCGUACACGAUUCACCUGACCCCGUUCAUCGUUCCGGGCAACUUCACCUUCCGUGGAUCCGUCAAAAUAAUCGCCAAGGUGAACGCGACCACCGACAAAAUCGUCCUGCACACGGACAUGAUGAAGAUCGAUCGGCCGAUCGUUACCCGCCUCGAUUCGCCAGCCGGCAAACUGGCCGUCAAGGAGUGGACGAGAACGAAGAAGUAUCACUUCACGAACAUCCACAUGGAGCAGCCCAUCGUGGCCGGUAGCGAGAUCAGCAUAGAAAUCUCGUACACCGGACAGCUCAACGCCGAGAUGAGAGGCUUCUACAGGAGCUCCUACAAAGUUGGAAAGGGAACGAGGUGGCUGGCUGCGACGCAUUUAGAGCCGGUGGGCGCGCGCCGGCUAUUUCCCUGCUUCGACGAGCCCGCGCUAAAGGCCACGUUCGACAUAAGCGUGGACGUGCCGGAAAAUUACAAGGCUGUCAGCAACAUGCCGCCCAAGAGCCCCAGGAAAAGCGGUCUCUGGGAGUUCGAGAGGACGCCGGUCAUGUCGACCUACCUCGUGGCGGUGGUGGUGAGCGACUUCGAGAGCAAGAGUCUCAUCGACGGCAAGGGUCGUCUCCACGGCGUCUGGGCUAGCCCCGUGGUGUCCCACCAGCUGAACUACUCGCUGGAGGUGAUGCCUCCGAUAGUCGACUUCUUCGAGUCUCGCCUCGGCCACAACUACAACCUGCCCAAGCUCGAGAUGGUCGCCUUGCCGGACUUCGCUUCGGGGGCCAUGGAGAACUGGGGCCUGCUCACCUUCCGCGAGACCAACAUGCUCUACGACCCCGAGCGCAUGUCGAGCCUGGCGAACAAGCAGUCGGUGCGCAACGUCAUCGCCCACGAGAUCACCCACCAGUGGUUCGGCGACCUGGUCAGCCCACUCUGGUGGGACUACCUGUGGCUCAGCGAGGGCUUCGCCAGGUACUUCCAGUGCCACGCCUACAGCGAGGCUGAGAAAGACUGGAACUUGGAGGCGCAAUUCGUGGUCGACCACUUGCAGACGUCCUUCUCGAACGACGCGUCGACCGGCACGCACGCGGUAACCACGAAGGUCUACAGCCCUGCCGAGAUCAGGGCCAUUUUCGACAAGAUAUCCUACGCCAAGGCGGCCAGUUUGAUUCGGAUGUUGGAGAAGCUGACGGGAGAGAAGGUGUUUUACGCUGCCCUGAAGCGUUACCUCGAGGCAUGUAAAUUUUCGACUGGAACGCCGGAAGCUCUCUUCGAGGCUUUCCAAACCGAGGUAAACGCGGACAAAAGCAUCAAGCUCAACGUGACGAAACUCAUGAACACCUGGACCCGACAGUCGGGUUUCCCCGUCGUCAAAGCUGAGCUCAUUGGCAAUAGCAACGUAGUGAAAUUGAGCCAGCAAAGAUUCUACCUGAGACCAUCGCAGAACACAACCAGCAAAGCUCUCUGGUACGUCCCGAUCAACUGGGCCACCAAAAGCGAUCUCAAUUUCCAAAACACCACAGCGAAAGAGUAUCUCUCGAAAAAAAUGAAAUCCGUCGAGAUUAAAAACGCCGGCAAGGACUGGGUGAUCAUCAACGUCCAACAGACGGGCUACUACAGGGUGAACUACGAUGAGACCCUGUGGCGCAGGAUAAUCGACGCCCUGAACUCGGACGAGUACUCCAAGAUCCACGAAUUGAACCGUGCCUCGCUGAUCGACGAUCUGCUGAAUCUGGGCCGCGCGGGCCACCUCGACUACGACCUCGUCCUCGAUGGCGUGAGUUACCUCACUCGCGAGACCGAAUACGCGCCCUGGAAGGCUGCUUUCACCGGACUGACCUACCUCAACUGGCGAUUUUUCGGCCGACCUGAGAUCAACGGGGCCUACAGGACCUUCUUGCUGGACCUGCUGGAGCCGAGCUUCGAGCGACUAGGAUUCGCCGAUGUCAAGGAUGACAGACACCAGGACGUACUGCUUCGAAAAACCGUGAACGAGUGGCUGUGCGGCUACGACCACGAGGGUUGCGUCAAAGAGGCGAUCAGACUCUUCGAGAAGGAGAGGAACGACACCAAGUUCCGUGUGCCACCAAAUCAGCGUGACUUCGCCUACUGCACUGCCAUCAGGCACGGCUCUUCCGAAGACUGGGAUUAUCUGUACGCGAGAUUCAUCGCGUCGAACUAUGCCACGGAAAAAAUGAGCCUCUUGUCAGCACUCUCCUGCUCCAAGACUCCAAGCAAAUUGCAAAAACUUUUGAUGAACGCCAUUACCAUUGAUUCCGAAAUAAUCAGACUACAAGACGUCAAAAAGCUCUUCAGCAGCGUCAUCGCCGGUGGUUUAAUAGGGGUGGAAACUAUUCUGGAUUUCAUUGGAAGCAAUUACAAUAAGAUAGCAGCAAAUCUGGGCGACGACAUUGCCAAGAGCACAAUCAGCACGAUAGCCAAGCGAGCGACAUCGACAAAGAUCUUCAAAAAGUUUGAAAAUUUCGUGGAAAGCGCAUCGACGACCAUGCCGAGCAUCGCUAAAUCGCUGCAGUCUUCCCUCAAACGCGCGAAACUCGAGCUCGACUGGUACACCAAGAACGCUCCGAAAAUUCUCCAAUGGCUGGAUAAGAAUAAUCCCCGAGCGGAGUAUCGACUGCCGACUUUCGCCAAGCCCAAAGCCUACGAUAUUCAUCUCGAGCCGAAUUUCGAAGACUUCACGUUUAAAGGCCGAGUCGAGGUCGACGUCGAGAUCAAAGCGGAUACGCUAAAGAUCGUGCUUCAAGCCAAGGAUCUGGAUAACAUCAGAGUCGUUAGCUCAGCCGUCGAGAACCCAAUUACUCAGCACUACAAUGACACGACGCAGAAGUUGAGCCUGUACUUCAAGGAAGUUCUGACCGCGGGCACGACAUUAAGGCUAAGUUUUGAUUACACCGGACACCUGAGGGAUGACAUGAGGGGAUUUUACAGGAGUUACUACGUCGACGAGGCGGGAAAAACGAGGUGGAUAGCCAGUACGCAAUUCGAGCCGGCGUACGCGAGGAGAGCUUUUCCGUGCUUCGACGAGCCCCUGUUCAAAGCUACUUUCGCGAUACACAUAGCUAAGCCGAAGGGAUACCGUACGCUCAGCAAUAUGGGCUCCUCCCCUGUGGAGAGAAAAGACGAUCAAGGCCGAAUCUGGGACGACUACGAAGAGAGUCUCUUGAUGUCGCCCUACCUCGUGGCAUUCGUCGUGUCGGACUUUGAGAAAUUUUCAGAGCCGGAGAACAAAGUAGCGGUGUGGGCGAGACCACAGUUGAAAAAGUACCUAAGAUACGCGCCGAGGGUCGGUCUCAAAGCGAUUAGAUUUUUGGAAAAGUUCACGAAAAUCGAUUAUCCCCUCGACGAGAUGAACUUUGUCGCGGUGCCGGAUUUCGACAUGGGGGCCAUGGAGAAUUGGGGUCUCGUCACUUACAGAGAAUACGGCCUCACGUACGACAUCUAUCAGAUAUCCGCGUCGUACAAGAGAUACGUCAAUACCGUCGUGUCGCACGAGUUGGUCCACAUGUGGUUCGGGAAUUUGGUCACCUGCGAAUGGUGGGACUACACCUGGCUGAACGAGGGCUUCGCCGAGUAUCUCGAGUACAUCGUCAGCAACGCGAGCCAGCCGGGCUGGAGACUGUUGAAGCAAUUCGUGGUGAACGAGUUGCAAGUCGCGCUGCAAGUCGACGCCUCGGCGUCCUCGCAUUCCAUGAAUAACAAGGUGAAUACGCCAAAGGAAGCCCAGGCUGGAUUUGAUAAAAUCGCUUAUCAAAAAUCCUCGAGCGUCCUGAGAAUGUUACACCACAGCUUCGGCCAGAGUCUCUUCGAGGAGGCGCUGCACAACUACUUGGACGCACACAAGUACCAGACCGCAAGGCCGGAAUACCUCGUCGCGGCAAUCCAAGCUCAACUGGACAAGGAAGUAGGCGCGGGCAAGGCGCCGUCGGGAAAUCUCGAGGUCGACGUCGCCACCGCGAUGAACAGCUGGAUUACUCAGGCUGGGUAUCCCGUUGUCAAAGCCUAUCGCCGUCACACCGGCGCCGUCCUCCUAUCUCAGGAGCGAUUCCUCUCCUCGGCCUCCAACUCGUCGGAGAGGAGCAAAGUUUAUUGGACUCCGAUAACCUACACGAGCGAGAGCAAGCCCGACUUCGAGAACACGAGUCCGAAACUCUGGCUGGGCGACAAGGAGAAGAGCAUCGAUAUCCCGGUCGAAGACACGUGGUACCUGCUGAACGUACAACAAAUCGGUUACUACCGCGUCAACUAUGACAGCGCCAACUGGCACCGACUCGUCGAGCUGCUGAACAGCGAGGACUUCCAGGUGAUCGGCGACGUCAAUCGAGCCCAGAUCAUCGACGACCUCUUCAGUCUGGCCCAGGCUGGAUACGUCGACUACGAUCUCGCCUUCAACGCCAGCCGGUACUUUGUGCGCGAGACCGACUACCUGCCGUGGAAGGCACACUUCAACACCCUGGCCUACCUGUCCCAGAGGAUCGACGGGCUUCCGAAGGUCAGAGAGCUCUACGCCCGCCACGUUCUCACGGUGCUGGACAAGGUCUACAAGAAGCUGGGAUUCAAGGAGAACAUGGUGAUCGACCCGCACCUCGACCAGCUAAACAGAGAGCUGAUCCUCGGCUGGGCCUGCAAGUACGGACACGAGGACUGCGUCAAACAGUCCAAGGAAUACUUCAAGCAGAAGAGCAUCACGUCGAACAUCGCCGGACCGGUUUACUGCACCGCCAUCGAGCACGGCACAUCGGGCGACUGGGACGCCUUGUGGAAGAAGUACACCAAGGCGGUGCUGGCCACGGACUACAUCACCAUACUCAAGGGUCUCGGCUGCUCUAAGAACGCUACGGUUCUCCAGAAAUACCUGGACCUCGUCAUAGCGCCCAACUCGCCGAUUCGCAGACAGGACGUGGCGACUGCUUUCUCCUCGGUCUACGCGUCCAGUCAGAUCGGUCUGCAGACGACGAUCACUUUCUUCCAGCAGAACCUCGAGAAACUCUACGAGUACUUCGGCGCGUGGCACGAGGUCGGAGAUCUGUUCACUAGUUUGGCAGGACGAAUAUCGACGCUGGACCAGAUCGAGAGCAUCAAGAAGGUAUCGAACAGCGGCGUAUCUUCCAACAUCAAGUCUUCCAUAGACUCGGCCGUGAAAACAGCGAGGAAAAAUCUCGAAUGGUACCAGCAGAAUUCGGCCAAGAUCGAAGCCUGGCUCAACAGAUUCUACGGCCCGAAGGAGACGACCUCCCAAACACCUCCCGUGACCACGACGACGAAAAAACCGGAAGGAGAAUCGUCGACAAACGAACCAGCUAGGACUGCCUAAACUCUCUUUCUCGAGAUUCUUCGUAAAGCGGGACGUUUAUCAUCAGUUUUGUGUGCUUGUCUUUGCCCACGAAAGGAAACUUUUUUUGGCCCACUGCCCUCCGCAUGCUAUAUCAAGAAAAUUCGCUGGGCACUAUAAUAUCGACUACACGCACUGCUUACUGUGUAGAACCGUGUUUGUGUCUGUUUUCUAACAAUUCUCGUUCGCGUGUCUGUGUUAUACGCCACGAUGUACACCGUGGUAAAGUUGUACGUGAAUUUUUGUAAAACUGAUCUCUAUAUCUCGAAAUUAUAAUAAACAACGUCUUGUCUGUUAUGUGUUAUUUGUUAAUUACACACACGCACAGGUAUGUGUAUAAUAUGCACUAAAAUCUCAACACAUAAUCACCUACUAAUCCUCCCCGAACAGCCAAUCACACCGAUAUGGCAUAAAUUAUAACGAAAACGUUUUAUUCCUGGUUAGAUUGGUAGCUACUACGUCAGUGUGACUUUUGUACUCCUCAUUAACUCCCGGCUCCAUUUGCGCAACGAGCCGCAAAUUAACAGAAAAUCAAUCAGCGUAAGAGCUAGGGGCGCGCGCCUGUUUCAGCCAAAUGAAUAGCCCAGCGUAGUUACUGCCUGUUCCAAUCCUACACAUACACGUGCAUUAUUAUUUCAGAUUCUUAAUCCCUAAAACCUGAGCCCCUCGCCGGACAUUCAUAAGUACGUGUACGAAUGCAAAAGCCACGCAAGCACGAGAUUAUAAUACUGUUUCAAUGUUUUCACGUGUGUUUUGUGCGCCGUAUAUACGAAUACGGUUAGAAAGAAAUUUUGCAAAAACACCGGUUGGCCGCCGCUUUCGUGUAUCUUUGUGUAUAUAAAGGUGUGAUUGAAAAAAAAGAGAAAGGGUACGAAAAACUGCUGUAAAAUUAUUAAAAUCUUUAAAACGUUACACAUAUACGCACAGUAUAUCUUUAUUUACACUUAAAUACAAUAAAAAAAAAAACGCUCGAACAAUAUUGAUGGACUGUUAUGGUAUAUGUGCGGAUUCGUAUAUAUGGAGAAAUUACAAUAUCGCGCGGCUACGCGCACUCGUCACACUCCGCAGCUUCAGAACUAAAUGGCCAUGUUUAGGCACGACCGCGACACGGAAGUGCCUUAUAGUUUUAUCGUCGAAAAAUGUGUGAGAUGCGAUAUCUCACGCAAUUUUCGACCGAUCGGGUUGAAAUUUUGGGAGGAGUCUCCUCUCGCACAAACCUAAAAACUAAUUUUUUUAUCCCGAUCCUCCUCUUUUUUUUUUUUUUUUAAAUGCGGGCACAAUUUGUUCAAUUUUUGCGUGUUUUGUUUUGGUGUUACACGGUUAUCUCUCAGAGACUUUUAUCAAUCGGGCUAAAAAUUUGUGUGCGAACUUCCCUCGUAAUAGUAAGGUACCAAAUUUAUUUUGGGCUUGAUCCUGCAUGUAUACGCAGAAUGCGGU